UUGUCAAAUCCCCGGCACCCCAUUUCCACUCCCAUAUCGACGAGCGAGACGAAGGCGGAUCGGAGAUUCAAACCACAAGAAGAAGGAAGAACUUGGAAGAGAAGGGAGGAGUUUGAGAAGGAACCGGGGGAAGUGUGCUUGGGGAUCGAUCGGAUCCGGCGGCAGCUGAGAAUAUGGAGAUGGAAUAUCUGGGUAUCGAGGCGAAGGAGGCCGCCGUCAGCGAGGUGGCCAAGAUCCUCCCCCUCCCGGACCUCCUCGUUUCCAUCGCCUCCAUCAAAGCCGACUACCUCUCCCGUCAACAGGCAAAUGAUGCACAACUCAGCACAAUGGUAGCGAAGCAGGUUGAGCAGGCACAUAAGGGCAUUGAUGCACUGGGUUUGUUUCAGAAAACAAUAAACCAGAUCCGUGAAAUUUUUUUGUCCAUUGAAAAAUGUGCCUAUACACAUUAGGUUCUACUUUCUUUCUUAUAUAUACCAUAUGAGACAUAUAGCUAACUAUUUUAGUUAUAACAAAUAGGUUGUGCCAAGAAUGCCAGACGUUGAUCGAGAAUGAUGACAAGAUUAAGCUUCUUAGCAAUGCUAGAAACAACUUGAACACAACGCUAAAGGAUGUUGGAGGGAUGAUGUCCAUUUCUCUUGAAGCGGCUGCAGCUCAUGAUUCUCUAAGGGAUGACAAGGAACUCAUUCACACAUUUGAGAGGUUAACAGCACUGGAUGGUAAGCGGCAUUUUGCAUUGGCAGCUGCAGCAUCUCACAAGGAAUAGGUUGGAAGGCUGAGAGAAUACUUUGGGGUCAUAUCUCCAAAGAGAAUACUUUGGGGUCAUAUCUCCAACUUCUUUAAGCUGGCUAAGGAAAGUCCACAGACACUGGUGCGAGCUUUAAAUUAUGAAUUAUUGUUUCAACAUGUAUUGCUCCUUCCCAUUAAUCCUAUCUUGGCAUGGUGGUAAUUGGCUC